GGCCGGGCCGCGCUGCGCCGCGCCGUACCCUGCGGCUCCCCGGGGACCAUGAGCCUCUUGCGGGACGUCUCCCUGCUGGACCCCCGGCUCCGCUACGAGCUGAUCCAGCGCAUCGGGGCGGGCACCUACGGCGAUGUCUACAAGGCCCGGGACACCCAGACAGCAGAGCUGGCUGCCAUAAAGAUCGUCAAACUGGACCCAGGGGAUGACAUCAGCUCCAUCCAGCAGGAGAUCACGACGCUCAGGGACUGCGGGCACCCCAACGUGGUGGCGUAUUUCGGCAGCUACCUCAGGAAUGACCGUCUCUGGAUCUGCAUGGAGUUCUGUGGAGGAGGAUCCCUGCAGGAAAUCUACCACACCACAGGCCCCCUCUCUGAGAAGCAGAUUGCCUAUGUGUGCAGAGAAACACUGCUGGGCCUGAGCCACCUACAUGCCAAAGGCAAGAUGCACCGGGAUAUAAAGGGAGCCAAUAUCCUACUCACCCUCUUUGGAGAUGUGAAACUGGCGGAUUUCGGAGUCUCAGCUGAACUCACAGCAUCAGUGGCGAAGCGGAAGUCCUUCAUUGGGACCCCCUACUGGAUGGCCCCUGAGGUGGCCGCAGUGGAGAAGAAGGGCGGCUAUAACCAGCUGUGUGACAUCUGGGCCAUCGGCAUCACGGCCAUUGAGCUGGCUGAGCUGCAGCCCCCGCUCUUCGACCUUCACCCCAUGAGGGCCCUGAUGCUCAUGUCCAAGAGCAGCUUCCAACCCCCUAAACUGAAAGACAAAGCUCAUUGGUCCCCAGAAUUCCACCACUUCCUCAAACUGGCCCUGACCAAGAACCCCAAAAAGCGACCCACAGCGGAAAAGCUGUUACAGCACCUGUUCACCAGCCAGCCUCUUGCCCGCACCCUGGCCAUCGAGCUACUCGACAAGGUCAACAGCCCUGACCUAGCUGCCCCGUCCCUGGAUGACGGAGACUUUGAGGUUUACGACAUCUUCCCAGACAAAAUCCACUCCCGUGGGGCACAUGGCCAGGCAGAACGGACGCUCUCUGAAAUCCAGUUUAAUCAAGUUAAAUUCGGGCCCCCACUGAGAAAAGAAACAGAACCAUAUUGUGGUCUGAGGGAAGAGGAGGAGGAUUGGACGUUGCUAGGAGCUGAAGAGAGUCUCCUGCAGUCUGUGGAGGAGGCGUUGGAGGAAAGGAGUUUGACCAUUCGCCCAGCGUCUGGAGGGGUCCCCUCCCCAGAGAAUCAGCCUGUGGACCCCCACUGCAUCCCUGAGAACGAGACGGGAACAAUCAAGAGAGCAUCACUAUGGGACCUGAUGAAUUGGGAGCCGCGGGUCAUGGAGUCUGGGGGUGGCUCAGAGACCAUGAGGAGACAGACCUCAGCGGGCAGCCCAGAGUCAGGUGACGUCCAACCCCCCCUGCACACUGGCUCCCCAGAGCCUGGAGCCUCCCUGCUCUCCACCGAAUGGGCCACCAUGAAGAGGAGGGAGGAGACAGAGAGAUCCAGCUGCCAUGGGCUGCCCCCCACCCCCAAGGUCCAUAUGGGUGCUUGCUUUUCCAAAGUCUUUAAUGGUUGCCCUCUAAAGAUCAACUCAGCUGUGACGUGGAUCCACCCGGAGACACGAGAUCAGUACCUGCUGGUAGGGGCUGAGGAAGGGAUUUACGCACUCAACCUCCAUGAACUCCAUGAGGACACCAUGGAGAAGCUCCUGCCCCACAGGUGCUCCUGGCUGUACUGUAUGAACAACGUGCUGCUCUCCUUAGCAGGGAAAUCCUCCCAGAUCUCCUCUCACAACCUCCUGGGCCUCUUUGAGCAGCGGAGGCAGCUGCAGAAGCGGCAGGUCCCCCUCUCCAUUGCCACCAACCGGCUGACUGAGCGCAUCAUCCCCAGGAAGUUUGCGCUCUCCUCCAAGAUAGCGGAUACCAAGGGCUGCCUCAAGUGCCGAGUGGUUCGGAACCCCUAUUCCGGCAACACCUUCUUGUGCGCCGCUCUUCCCUCGAGCCUGGUGCUGCUGCAGUGGUACGAGCCCUUGCAGAAGUUCAUGCUGCUGAAGCACUUUCCUGUGGCCCUGCCCAUGCCCCUGAGCCUGUUUGAGCUGCUUGUGGUGGAAAUGGAAGAGUACCCCCAGGUGUGUGUGCGUGUUGUGGACCGAGACCGGCCGGGCCAGGAGCUGGAGUUUAACGUCCUCUCGCUCAGCACGAACUCCAGCCUCAGCACCGAGCCCUCUGCAGAUGUGGCCUCCAGUGUGGCCUGCCAUGUGACUCAGAUGGACAGAGACACAGUCCUCGUUUGCUUUGAGCACUAUGUAAGGACAGUGAACCUGCGUGGGGCCCCCAAGAGAGCCCUGGCCCCAGAGCUGACCUUCAACUUCCCCAUUGAGACAAUUGUGUGCCUUCAAGACAGCGUGCUGGCCUUCUGGAAACAUGGCAUGCAGGGCCGCAGCCUGGAGGGCAACGAGGUGACCCAAGAAAUCACAGAUAAAUCCAGGGUGUUCCGGGUGCUGGGAGCCAACAGGACACGAGAGCAGCUACUGAGCGUGUGGAACUGCCUUUCCAAUAUCCCGUGUGGAGGGGGAAAUCCUGCUGUGAUGUUUAAACUGCUGAUAGCUGAGAAGCUCAGUGGAGGCGCACAGGUAGCGGGAGCCUCAGGGAACUAUUCCCAUGAGCGGGGCCUGUCUUCUGCUGCGGGAAUCCAUGUCAGAUGAGUUCUACUCUAUAAACUCUACAGUCCACUUGUCCUAUUGUCCAAAGUCUUCCUGAGAUACCCUUGCUUUCCAGGAGCGCAUGGAGAGAUUCCCUCCCCCCUUUUAGGGCCAGCAUCUCCUGAGACCCUUAUGUCUGCAAUAAUUGACUACAGCCAGUCCAAAGACACCUCCGCAGUCUGUCUUGACUGAUACCUGUGCCUGCUGAAUGCUUCCCCCCCUCCCCAGUUCUUAACCCUAAGAAGAUGUCUUCUGGAGACACAGGGUGUGAAAGUGUCCUCCUCCUCCAGCUUCAACAUGAAGACAAUCGGUUUUCCAGUGGGUGCGUUGUGUUCCCCAUGUAGCACUUAAGGUCCAGAAAUCUGGCAUACGCCUUCAGCUGCAAAAGGAGUGGGAAAGCAAUUCUGUGUCUCGUCAUUCAAGGUGUGAGCAACAAGCAAUGCCUGAGGUGGGACAAACCUAUUGAAUUUAAUCAGUGGCUGGGAUACCUGUUUGACUAUUUUGGUAAUGGUUGGGCCGAUUGCUUGGCUGGAUGGGUUCUGAUGGGGAUGAGUGGGAUGGCUAAUUGGUCAGCUGGCUGGUGGCUUGGUGGC